GAGUGGGGACCUCCGGCUCGUCCUAGAGCGGCCGCGCGCGGCCCCAGCCGACGGCGCACUUCCGCCCGCCCGGGUCGCCGCGGUGCGGGCGGCGGGGCCUGGCUGCAGCCUGCUCCUGCCCCGGCGCGUGCCGCGGGCCUCGGGAGUGGGGUGGACAAUGGCGAUGGACGUGACCUUUCUGGGCACUGGUGCAGCGUACCCAUCCCCCACCCGGGGUGCCUCAGCGCUGGUCCUCCGGUGUGAGGGCGAGUGCUGGCUUUUUGACUGCGGAGAGGGCACUCAGACACAGCUUAUGAAAAGCCAGCUGAAAGCAGGGAGAAUCACCAAGAUCUUCAUCACACACCUUCACGGCGACCACUUCUUCGGCCUGCCGGGCCUCCUGUGCACCAUCAGCCUGCAGAGCGGCUCUGCCGGCGCCAAGCAGCCCAUCGAGAUCUACGGCCCCGCAGGGCUCCGCGACUUCAUCCGGAAGACCAUGGCGCUCUCGCACACGGAGCUGGUCUUCCCGUACGUGGUCCAUGAGCUGGUGCCCACAGCUGACCAGUGCCCCGCGGAAGAACUGAAGCACUGGGCUCCGGAGUCGGGGGCAGACAGUCCCCCCACAGAGGGGCAAGGGAGAACGAUCCUCUUAGAUGAGGAGGAAAACGCCUACCUUCUGGUGGACGACGAGCAGUUCGUGGUAAAGGCAUUCCGCCUCUUUCACCGAAUCCCCUCCUUUGGGUUUUCAGUCGUGGAGAAGAAACGCGCAGGUAAACUCAAUGCACAGAAGCUGAGGGACCUCGGUGUCCCGCCCGGUCCUGCCUAUGGGAAGCUGAAAAAUGGAAUUUCUGUUGUCCUGGAAAAUGGAGUUACGAUUUCCCCCCAGGAUGUCUUAAAGAAGCCAGUCGUCGGAAGGAAGAUCUGCAUUCUGGGUGACUGUUCCGGGGUUGUGGGUGACGGCGGAGUGAGGCUGUGCUUCGAAGCAGACCUGCUGAUCCAUGAGGCGACCCUGGACGACUCCCAGAUGGACAAAGCCAAGGAGCAUGGCCACAGCACCCCGCAGAUGGCAGCUGCGUUUGCAAAGCUCUGCCAAGCAAAAAGGCUGGUUCUGACUCACUUCAGUCAGCGGUACAAGCCCGUCGCCUUGGCCCGGGAGGGAGAAACAGAUGGGACUGCAGAACUGAAAAAGCAAGCCGAAUCCGUGUUGGAUCUCCAGGAAGUGACUCUCGCGGAAGAUUUCAUGGUGAUUGGCAUUCCCAUCAAGAAGUGAGACCGAACUGUCACAUCUGUGACUGUUUUUGACCCCACAGUUCAACGUGUUGUUGUUGUUGUUGUUGUAGUACCUGUUGUUUUUGGUCUAAAAUGAUCUGAGUCCUCAGAACCGUGAUGGUGCUGCAAUUGUGGAACCGACUCCGCAGUGCGAGGGAGCAGGAUUUUUUUAUAAUAAAUUAUUUUAAAAAGAAAAACACAGCAUGCUUCGUCAGACGCAGAUCUGAUGAAGCGCCUCGGGUGUGCGUGUCCUUUUGGCCGCUGCCUCAGAUUGAAGCCAGUACCUGGUGCCGUCUUGGCCUUUGCUUCCGUGCGGCAGUACUGCUGGGCAAAGCCCACAGCGCUCAGUCCUCCCGGCUGAGAAGGGCGACUUGGCGGUUUGCGCUGAAUCUGUUUAAAUUAGUACAGACCAGAAUAGAAAGAAACAUAAUGGGACAUCAGGCAUAUAGGGUUGAAGCUGGCUUGUUCCAUUUUGGAUCUUUUUGCUAGAAUACUGAGUACAGAGUUGAAUAGGGAUUUGUCUUUCAAGUGAUAUUUUAUUGAGAUUUCACAUUUGCUCUGGAUCUGUGAUUCUUGGCUGGGAUUAACACAGCUCUCUUGAAGUAAGAUUUGUAAUAGUAGGGCUGUUUCCUUGUCACUAUAGUGGAGGGUGGGGAGUACUACUGGUUUACUACUGAACUUAGCAGGGGCCAGGGAUACUAUGUCCUGCAAAGUUUGGGUCAGCCCUAUGCAAUGGAGAAUUGUUUCACCCCAAAAUGUAAAUUUCGGGCCUAUUAACAUGCACAUAAAUUAACAUAAAUUAAGACUUACACUCCCAAUAUGAAUACGCUUAUCAAAAUUAGUGACAUAUUGUUGAAUUACUAACUAAGUGAAUAGUAGUGAAUAGUCGGAAUGUCGUAGCAAAUAUUAUUUGACAGAAAUGAGCUGGAACUUAUUAGAAACAAAUGUCAGCUAAACUGAGGUAUAAUGUAUAUGUUUAUUAAUAAUUCUCUGGGAAAAUUUUGAUUAAGUGUUCUUCAUAGAAUAUGUUUCCUUCUGGAUUAUCUUCCACCUCCUGUCUAUCUAACAUCUGACUCAUUUGCCACAAAGCAUUUCUCAAAAUGCGUUCCUGAAAAACAUCCCAAAUAUCAGUUCAAUCAAAAGGGUUUCCUAGGCAGGUCCGUUUGGGAAGCUCUUGGUGUGGUACUUCUUUGGGAUCAUGCUUCUGUCCAUCAUCAUAUUAAAAGUAAUGGAGUUACCAUUUGGGCACCUGGGCCCUGGGUUGACCUGCCCUCAGAACCCCGUUCUCCACCAGAAGGCAGUAUCUCUGUGGUACCAGCUGAGCAAUUUGCUGACUUUGAGCUUCUUCCUCUCUUCUCUAAGAUGAUAAAAAACAAGAAAAUACACCUCUUAGGAUCAUUGUCUGGUGAAAUAUGACAGCACACUGAAGGAUUUUUUUUUUUUUUUUGCUUUUUGGGUCACACCUGGCGAUGCACAGGGGUUACUCCUGGUUCUACACUCAGGAAUUACUCCUGGCGGUGCUCAGGGGACCAUAUGGGAUGCUGGGAUUCGAACUUGGGUCAGCCACGUGCAAGGCAAACGCCCUACCCGCUAUGCUAUCGCUCCAGCCCCAGCACACUGAAGGAUUUAUGUUUGCUUAAAGGCCAACAUUGAGAGCCAUAGAGGACUCCAGGUACGACUCCACUGAACCCCAUUCUGAGUUCUGUUUUUCCAUUUGGUAUCUGCCAACAGCUUAAGAACUUAGAGAGCUUAAAAGGAUGCAUGUUUAGAAAUACUGACAUGAGUAUAGUGUUAAAGUCCUUUGGGUUCCAGGCUUAUCUGCUAAAAUUGUUGACUUCUGGGUGGCUCGAAGGCUUUCGAGUAGCAGCAGUCAGGAUGGGUCUAGUUUCUCAAGAUCUUUCUGAACCAGUCUCCACUGUCAUCUGAUUUUGCGCUACUUGAUGCUCUCAUUCCCCGCAGUCCCAAAGUUUAGCCAGUCGUAAAGUAUAUCUUGGUUUCUGAAUUCAGUUUAAACAAGAAUUUAUUAAUCACCUACUCUGUGCCCAAACUGUGCAAGAGGUCAUGGUUAGUGUUAGAUCCUGUACUACAUGGUGCUCUUGAGGGUAGGAAAUUCAUGUUAUCACCUCUACAUUCUUAGAAAUGCCUACUCAGAGCUCAGAAAUGCUAAGUGGGCCAGGGAUACAGCUCAGCUUUCGAGCCUUGCAUGGCCCUGUGAGGCCGUGUCUUGGAUCUGCGUACCUCUCACACACAAGUCUCAGAAAUUCAGAUGCUAAAUGAAGUGAGGUUUUGAUGUGAGUCCAAUCUGGAAAACUUAGUUUAGGACUCAUGUAAAACCCAAUUUAUUAGUAUAGAUGGCCAAAAAAAAAACCCCUAGUUAUUCCUGCCCCAUUCUCAAGCACCAACUGAGUGCCAGUUAAAAGUGUAUAAAUGAAUAUAAGACAAAAUUCCAGGCUGGGCUCAUAGUUUCAGUGGCAGAGAGGGAGAAAUAAAAGUAAACAGUUCCUUCAAAUGUUCUAAUCUUGUAGCAGGUGCUCAAUUUCCCUAUUCUGGCACAUUCUUUGGUAGCUCAUUUAAGCUGUGUCCUUAGCAUCAGACUCUAUUAAUAUAGGUAGACUAAGCCUUCAGAUAUGAUGGGAAUGUCAGAGUGGAUUGAAAGGUUGGAUCAAGUGUACUUUAUCAGUCUACGGCCACAUUCUUGGGCUUUCUGACCUAGAUAGUGUUCUUAAUAGAACUAGAAGAAGGAAGCUUAUUCUGGAUUUCCCAGAACCCAUAAUCUGCUUUUUUUGUGUGACCCAUGGAGGAUUAGAUAUUACUGUCCCCAAAAUUUAUUACUGAAUUCUCUUUAACCGUGAAACAUCUUUGGAACACUGAAAAAUACUGUUUCUGCAUUCUUUUCAAAAGUAUGUGUGUUUUCGGCACAAUAUCUUUGGCCUACUUCUCCCUCUAGGAGAAACUGCCAAUCCUCUGAGAGUUUCCUGCCCACAUGGGACAGCCUUGCAAGCUUCCCAUGGUGUAUUCAUAUGCUAAAUCCAGUAACAAGCUGGAUCUCAUUCCCCUGACCCUGGAGAGCCCCCAGUGUAACAUCCUUAGGAGGGCCGAGUUGAGAUAGACUUCUGAGAUCUCAGGGAAAGGACAAAAUGAGAUGUUACUGAGCCCGCCCGAGAAAUCGGUGAUUAACGGGAUGUUGUGAUUGAUUGAUUGAUUGAUUGUGUUUUCAGUGGGGUGGGCUUGGGCUGGAGCAAAAUAGUACAGCAAGGAGGGUAUUUGCCUUGCUUGCAGCGGACCUGGAUUUAGUCCCCAGCAUCCCAUAUAGUUUCCUAAGCACCACCAGGAAUAAUUCCUGAGUGCAGAGCCAGGAAUAAUCCUUGAGCAUCACUGGGUGUGGUCCAAAAACAUAUUUAUAUAAUAUUUAUUUAUGAAUAUAUAUUUCCACAUCUGUAUUUAAAAUAUAUUGUGUUUUUCUUUGCCCUAUACUUCCCAGUGUCAAGUGUACAUAGACAAAAAUACCUCCUUAUUUUAGAUAAAAAUAGCUCUUUGUAGUUCUUAAAAGAUAUUUAGAUUUGCCCAAUACACUGGUGAAGGGAUGGGUGUUUGAAUAUUGUAUAACUGAGACAUAAACCUGAGAACUUUGUAACUUUCCACAUGGUGAUUCAAUAAAAAUUAAAAAAAUAAAAAUAUAAGCAAGUAGAUUUGCCCAAUAGACCCUAAAUCAGCUGUCUUCUAAUACCCAUCCUAAUACUUUCAAUGUUUAGUCAUAAAAGCAGUGCCUACUUGUAGAUAAUUUUUUAAGAAUCAAGAAAAGAUGAUUACUCAGAAUUUAUCACUCAGAGAGCUACUAUUUCUGGUCCAGUGGUCUUCAGUCUUAGAUAAGAUUCAGAAUUACUCAAGAUAGCACAUAAUUGGAUAGGUAUGCACAGGUAAAAUAUCCUUACAAAACCUAAUUCAGCAGGACGGUGCAGAAGCCAAGAACCUUCAUCAUUAACAGGUUUCCCACCCUAGAUGGUUCUCAAAUAUGAAUGCAGUAAACUGCAAUGGGGAAAAAAAAAACUUGAUGUGGACUGAAGCAGUAGCACAGCGGGUGGGGAGUUUGCCUUGCAUGUAGCCGACUGGGUUCAAUCAAUUCCUCCAUCCCUCUUGGAGAGCCCCACAAGCAACUAAGAGUAUCCCGCCCCCAUGGCAGAGCCUGGCAAGCUACCUGUGGUGUAUUUGAUAUGCCAAAAAACAGUAACAAGUCUCACAAUGGAGAUGUUACUGGUGCCCGGCUGGAGCAAAUUGAUGAACAAUGGGAAGACAGUGUGACAGUGUUACAGUGCUUAAGAUAAUUGGGGUGUGUAUAACUAUUUGACAUGAUUUAAAAAUAGAAUGUUUUUGUUACAUGCAUCCAUAUUUUUACCUGUAGGUUCUCAACUGUUUUUCCUCAUUUAACAUUGAUUAUUUUCCCAUGGUAUUAAAUAUUCAUUAAAAGCAUGAAUUUAAUGCUUUUAUAUUGUCUCACCCUAGAAAGGUAAUGCAAAUGUAACUUUUUCUAUUUUUGUAGGGCAUUGACAUUGUUUUCCAUUAUUUGAAAUGAUACUGUUAUAAAUAUUAUUGGAUGUAAGUUUUUCUCUGAGUAUUUUCUUAGGCUUGAUUUCUGUGAAGGUCAAAACCUCUGAUUAAAAAAAAAAAAGAGUUUAUUUUUUUACUCCAAUUGGGAAUUGCCCACUGUUUUCAAGGUUAUGCUUUUCACGGCAACAUAGGAAAACCUGUUUUGUACCAUAAAUCGCACAGAUAAGUGAUAACUGAGUAUCAUCAGUGAGUGACCUCUUUAAUACUUCCCUUCCAAAACAUUUACAUAUAAUUUUUGCCUCCUAGCACAAAUAAUUUUUUUCUUUCAGUGAGCACUCAUGAUUCAAUUCUGCUAACUUAAAAACUUGGAAACUUUUGCUUUUAAAAGGAUAAAAAUACCUACUGCUCAACCCUGUCCAUGACAAGAUGUAUAAUGAAGGCACUUUUGUCUUCCCAAGUCCAUCAAAGCCUUAAAUAGGCCCCUACCUGACACUUGUGAAGGCCCUUGCCCGGCCCAUCUUUCCAAACUACUGUUACCCCACGGUGCCACACAUCCCUGCAGCCCGGCUUGCUGGACCUUCUGGAGUCCGGGGUGGGAGGUCUCUACUGCCGCACCUGAACCGCUUCCUCUGCCUGGACCGUGCGUUCUCCUCCCUCUCAGGAACCUUGCCUGGACCUUCAGCAGCCCCGGGAGCCUCUUCCUCACAGCCCGUGCCCACCUUCCUGAUCACCUUCCUUGACCUUCUCCCGUGGCUCGUGUGACCUUUGCUGAUGCAUCUCUCUCCCUGGCUAGCACAUUGUCAGAACUGUGUCUGCUUUUGUGUUUCUUUAUGCCCUAGUUCCUCGCUAGGUGCCUGCAACCUAUAAGGCACUCAAUAAAUAGCGGGAAUGGAGUCAGUUUUCCUCGCAAGCCUGUUCUAUUAAGAUUCAGUACUCUGUUCUUCUAGGGAGUUUUCCUGGUUAGUAUUACAGGCAAAUAAAAUCCCCACCCUUGAACUCUGAACUGGGCAGGAAGCGCCUGGCUGCCUGUGAGCUUAACGAGGCAAAUCCUUAGGAGGCACGGAGUUGGCACUGGGCUGGGGAAAGGGAGUGACUGAGAAAUGAGGGUGUUUUGCCGGGCUAGGAAGUCUUAACAAAGGUUGUCAAGAAUGAGCUGGGAAGCCCAGAACCCCACGCAGGUAGGAGAUGGGCGACUUAAGAACAACUGAUGUCAGCUGGUAAUUUGGUGGGAGCUUCUUUGCUUGAAAAUUUCCCCCCAACUUUCUCGGAAAGGUUGACACCGGAUUUGGGAAUCUCGCCAGCCUAGCACAUGGCAAAAUGAGAACAAGUUCUGAUUUCCAUGACUCAGCUGAUCUGGUGGGAAAAAGGAACAGGAAUGAAAAGUGAUUGCCACUCGCAGGACAUGUAGUCUUGAGCGGCCUUGGCAGCCUGUCUCCAAGGUUGAUUUCCAGAAAGCCAAGGCAGUCUCGACCUUUAUACCGCCCGUGGAAUGGAGAGCCGGUAGCUGCCUGGACAUGGGUGUUGAUGUCCAUGUCGGCUUAUUCUGAUCAUCAGAAGCUGACAUAUCCAAACUCAUAAGGAAGUAGAGCGCCUAAGGUUAACUAAAGUUAAAAAAAAAAAAAGUAUUUCCACUCCUAAAUAAACCUGGCAGAGAGAUAAACAAUGUUGCUCAGAUGUCAGCUUGCUAAUUAUACACCCAGCAGACAUGGCAGGUACAAAGAUUAAAUUCACCCAUGAAAAAGUAAAGGGAAAGGCGAGGGAUCAAGUUUCCCAACAAUCUAAAUCGCCCAGAAACUGCCAGGACUGCACAGGCAGCCUCAGGGAAGAGCUCAGCAACGCUUAACUCAGUGUCGCCGAGUGAAACCCAGGUCAGGGUAUCUAGAUUGUUCCCUACUUUGUUGUGGCUUCUAGGGAUCCAGGCCGGUCACGGUGAGACCCUAGCUUUGUCAGUUACCCGGGCUUGGACCUUAUAGGAAAGCCCGCAGACCACACGCUGACCCCCAUGCUCUGACAGAGGGCCUUGCUAUGGAACAGAUCUUCCUCCAGCCACAGAUGGUGAAACACAAGUGCUGGACAGGCUCCUACUAGCAGACACAGUAGCUUCUGUAGCCCCAGAGACCUGCAGGGACCUUAAGGUUACAUACUAACAAACAAAAUACUUCUUUAAACUGAUCUUGAGAACUAGUGCCAACAAUAUGUCUUGCUGGCCCCACUCAAGAUGUUUCAAGAUGGAAAAACUAGCACCAGAGACAGGAUUUGGGGGAUUCAUUUGUAACAAAUUAGGUUGUUUCAAAUUUGUACUUGCUUUGAACAGAAUUGGAGGAGGAUCUUCAGAAAUUCAGAUCAGGGAGCCUCUAAUCUGUUCAGUGAUAGAUAUUAAAAUAAUCGUGAUAUCAUUCAGACUCCAUAAAAUUGUCAUUUUCAUAUA